AUGACGAUAAUUCCAGAUGGUUAUCGUUUUCUACCGACCGACGAAGAGCUCGUUCUAAAGUACCUCCUGAAGAAGGUGAGAGGUGAACCAUUAUCUUCCGAGGCUGUCAUUGACAUGGAAAUCUACGGCGAUAAUGAUAAGGAACCAUGGAAGAUUUUUGGUGAGUCCUCAUCUGAAAAGUUCUAUGUCUUCACCAAGCUGAAGAAGAAGGGUAAGGGAAGAAGGAUAGAACGAAAAGCUGGUUGUGGGACUUGGAAAGGUCAGAGAACCGACCCUGUUAAGGAUUCUCAGAACAAUCAAGUGGGUUUCAAGAAACUCUUUGUCUUUGAAGUUAAAAGUACUUCUGGUACCAAGAAUGCCAACAAUGGGCAUUGGCUGAUGAACGAGUUUUCCCUUCUUAAUGAUCGAAGUGAUUAUGUUCUAUGUACAAUAAGAAAUAAACAUGCAAUUGUUGUAGUUGAUAAUCAGCCACGACCAAAAAAGAUGAGGUUCAGCAGUUCACCUGAAAAAGAGCUGAAUUCUUUAGUUGAAGGAGCUACACCAGUAUUAGCAUCAGAUAUUGAAGCAUUGAGCUAUGCUGCAAAUUCAAAUAAUUUUAUUGAAGUAACAUUGCCGGCAUUGCGUUUUGAGAAUGCAUUGUUUGCUAACGUGGUUGAAGAUUCUGAAGAAGAAACGACUUCUGAAAAUUUUGAUGAAGAGGCUAGACAAGUCCAAAUUUUGAAUGAAACGGGUCAGGCCACCAAUGCUCAUAUCAUCAAUGCUCAAGAGUUAAGAAAAAGAAGUAUGCAGCAGCAAAGCAUGGUUAGAUUUGGAAACAACUAUGCAAUGGAAGACAUGGGGACGUCUUUCACGAUAGCAGCAGAAUCUAUUUUCACUUCAGUCUCAGCCUCACCAUUGGAGUACUUGGAUGCACGAGCCUCAGCCUCAGCUUUGGCCUUCAAUGCAAAACCCUCCUCAACAUUGUUGGACUUUGAUGCAGGAUUUUCAAACCAUGAUCUGCUUCCUUUACAUAAUUUGUUAUACUAA